CCGAUCCUUACUUCCCACACCACUCUCUUCCCUUUUCUCGCUCCCUUCAAUCUCAUCUGAUCUUCCUUCCAUAAAUGGCCUCUAGCAGUGGACUCUCCUUUGAUCCAGAUCCCAUCAGAUUUCUCUAUGACCCCAUCAUAAAGCCUGAUCCUGAUUUUCUUUCCUCCUCCUCUUUCAUGGAGUCUCCGGUCAACAGUAGGUCACCGCCACCCACUAUCCAGUUCCCGGUCAACCUCCACUCCAACGACCACCACCAUCAUCAUGAUCAAGAAGAAGAUGACAAUAGAAGAACCUCCUUAGACGAAAUGGACUUCUUUUCCUACCAAAAGGAUUCCGAUUCAGCACCCGCAGCUACCACCCAAGACCCCAUCACCGACGAAGGCGUUAAAGAUUCCUCUGUUAACACUAGAUUGGACCUUCUCACCGCAAACACAAAUAGCGAUGAGUCGAUAGUUGAAGACGACUAUUCACCUAAUUCAGAAGACAAAAGAGCUAAAAGCGAGUUGGCGGUUGUACAAGCUGAAUUGGAAAAGACUAACACGGAAAACCUACGUUUACGGGACGCGUUGAAUCAGGUCACGAAUGAUUACACUUCACUCCAGAUGCAUAUGAUGACUUUAAUGCAACAACAUAAAAUAAAUGAAGGGAAAGUAGUAGAGGACGCGAGUAAGGAGACCCGCCGUGAUCUAGGGCUAAGUCAGCUUAUGGAUCUUGGUCUUGCUGCCGGCGGAGGACGAACAGCGGAGGCAGACGAGGGUGCCUCAUUAUCUUUGUCUGAUGGGCGGAGCGGCGGGCGAGGCCAGGACCGGCCUCAAUCUCCGAUGAACACUAACGAGAAUGAUGCGUCUAGAGAGGAUAGUCCAGAGAAAGGGUCUGUUUGGCGAUCUGGUAACAAAGUCGCGAGAUCUGGGAUGGUUUCAAAAAGUGGGGGUAGUGUUGACCAAGCAAGUGAGUCCACCAUGAGAAAAGCACGUGUCUCCGUUAGAGCUCGAUCUGAGGCUCCCAUGAUCACCGAUGGUUGCCAAUGGCGGAAGUAUGGACAGAAAAUGGCAAAGGGAAACCCGUGCCCUCGAGCUUAUUACCGGUGCACCAUGGCCGCCGGUUGCCCAGUUCGGAAGCAAGUUCAAAGAUGCGCAGAGGAUCGGACAAUCUUGAUCACAACCUAUGAAGGUACCCACAACCAUCCACUGCCGCCGGCCGCCAUGGCGAUGGCAUCCACCACUUCCUCCGCCGCAAAGAUGCUACUUUCCGGAUCAAUGCCGAGUGCUGAUGGGCUAAUGAACUCAAACUUCUUAGCAAGAACCCUUCUUCCUUGUUCCUCAAGCAUGGCAACAAUCUCCGCCUCCGCUCCGUUUCCUACCGUCACAUUAGACCUAACCCAAAGCCCGAACCCUCUCCAACUCCCUAAAGCCUUGAACCCAUUCCAGACCCCUUUCCCGAACCCGAACCCGAACCCGAACUCGGUUGCACUAUUGCCUCAGCUCUUUGGGCAGGUUUUGUAUAACCAAUCCAAAUUCUCGGGCCUUCAACUAUCUCAGGAUUUGGAGAGUAUUCACCCAGCCUCUUCUUCAAUUCCGCAACAGUCAUCUCAGCUGGCCGAGACUGUCAAUGCCUUGGCCAGCGACCCCAAUUUCACAGCAGCGCUCGCUGCCGCUAUAACUUCACUCAUUGGGAACCCGUCCCAUUCCGGAAACGUUGCAAAUGUCAAUAAUCACAACAACGACAAUGUCAACAGCUAGUUCAGUUUUUCCCUACUGCACAAGUACGAGCUUAUUUGAAAGUUGAAUGAAAGCCAAACAAUUCCAACACAUAGAUACAUAGUAAAUAAUACAGUGUACUUCCUUUUUGCCUUUCAUAAUGGUUUUCUUUCUCACAUUUUUCCUUUUCAGUUAUUUUUAUAUAAUCCAAUUUUCUCCCCCAAUUUUAAUUGGUAUUCUGAAUCUGGCAUUACAAACUUGAGUUAAGUGUAUUUCUCUAAAUAUUUUCCACACUUAGUAAAGUUAGUUUAUUCACUCAAUGUAGUAUAUAAAUUUCAGUUAAAUGAAUGCAUUGUGU